UCGCCACCUGAGGUAUGUAUACAGGUUGGUGCUGACUGGCAGUAAUUCCGAUAUAAAAGAUAACAAUAAUUUACUCCAGCAAAGCUAAAACAUAAAAAGUUGAACUUUGCACCGUGCUCUGGUAGUAACAUAUUCUAAUUCAGUUUUGCAUCAAAAAGACAUUAAAAGCAACCAAAAUGCUUCGAGUAUCACGACUGCAACUAUUUAUGUUCCGCGGAAAGACCACACGUGCAGCUUCUGGCCAAGAAUAUCAAUAUCUCCAGCGAACCCAAAUUCCUAUGCUCCACUUCCAGCCAUCGCUACCGAGGCUGCCGAUCCCGGAACUGGAAAAAACCUGUGAGCGAUACCUUGCCGCUCAGAAACCGUUGCUAUCAGAAGAUGCUUACCGCAAAACAAAGGAUAAUAUCGAUAGAUUCUUAAUUGGCCCGGGACCUGAGCUGCAGAAACUUCUUAAACAGCACGAUUCGAAAAACAAGCACACCAGUUACAUUUCCGAGCCGUGGUUUGAUAUGUACCUUAGGGAUCGAGUUCCUUUACCAAUCAACUAUAAUCCUUUGUUGAUGAUGAAUCCCGAUCCGGAGGCAGCAUACAACGAUCCGUUGAUUCGAACAACCAAUUUAGUGAUCAGCUCCCUGAGGUUCAUGAAAUCUUUAAGGGCACAUCUACUGGAACCGGAAGUUUUUCAUCUGAAUGCCGCCAAAAGUGAUACUAAAACAUUCAGGAAGGUGGCUUCCAUGGCCCCGUCGAUCAUAUCGACUUACGUUGCCUAUGCCUUUAAAGCUUUUCCACUAGACAUGAGUCAGUACCAGGGACUAUUCGGUGCCACUCGUAUCCCAGAGACGGACAAGGAUAAGAUCUACAGGAACAGCGAUUCCAAACAUUUGCUUGUCAUCCGAAACGGUCAUUUGUACGCGGUCGACGUUUUGAAUGAAUCAGGUGACAUUGAGCAGCCUCCAGUGUUAAUGGAUCGAUUCAAGCGAAUUCUUUCUGACAAUCGAGCUCCAUUUGAAAGUCCGCUAGGUUUAUUAACCACAGAAAAUCGGAACACGUGGGCUAAGAUACGGAACCAUAUGAUUAAAAUUGGCAACGAAAAUGCUCUAAAGACGGUGGAUUCUGCCCUAUUCUGUCUAUGCUUAGAUGAAGGAAUAAUUAAUCCCGAGAAUCCAAUUCCCAUGAUCAGAGAUUUUCUUUUUGGUGAUGGUACUAAUCGUUGGUUUGAUAAGUCUGUAUCGUUGAUCGUAGCGAAAGAUGGAACAGCUGGCAUAAACUUUGAACAUUCUUGGGGAGAUGGUGUAGCGGUAUUGCGCUAUUUCCAAGAAAUUUUCAAAGAAACUACUCAAUCCCCAUUUGUGCAUCCCGAAAUGCAACCUUUAGAUAGCGGAACUUCGACUGCAGUUCGACUUAUUGAGUUUAAUUUAGAUGAAACAAUCAAAAAUGGAGUUAUUGCCGCUCAAAACAAUCACAACGCUGUGAUCGACUCACUAGACAUGAAUUAUAUGAAAUAUGAGGGAAUUAACAAAAAUAUUUGCAAAAAGCAGAAAAUAAGCCCGGAUUCCGUCAUGCAACUUGGUUUUCAACUGGCAUUUUAUAAGCAACACGGGAAAUUUGUAGCAACCUAUGAAUCCUGCAGUACAGCAGCUUUUCGUCAUGGUCGUACCGAAACAAUGCGUCCAUGUACAAUGGCAACUAGAAGUUUUUGUGAAACGAUUGAACGCAAAACCAACCCUGCAACAGCGAACGAGUUGCGGGCAAUGAUGGACACCUGUUCCACAAUUCAUGGACAAUUAACUAAAGAUGCUGCAAUGGGACAAGGGUUCGAUCGACACUUAUUUGGUUUGAAGCACACGGCUGAAACUAAUAACAUCCAAUUGGCGGAGAUUUUUCAGGAUCCCGCGUAUGCCGCCAUGAACCACAAUAUUCUUUCCACGAGUACCCUUUCUUCGCCGGCACUUUUGGCAGGCGGCUUUGGCCCAGUUGUGCGAGACGGCUAUGGAAUAGGUUAUAACAUCCAAGAUACGUACCUGGGCAGUGUGGUUACCAGCUAUAAACCGAAUCGUAAUGGGCGAGAGUUUGUGGAAUGCCUUCGACGUGCCUAUGAGGACAUCGCCAAUGUUCUGAACAACGCAACGUCACCUUCGAAAUAAGAUUGAAAAAUAAAGAUGGUUUUAGAUUAUUUUUUUUACAUGUUCUGCAAAGUAUCAAUUUUAUAGCACCUAUAUUUUGUUAUUUCAAUGAAAAUAAAUAUAUCCGUUUUCUAGUAA